AUGAAGCUGCUAUGGAGUCUGAUCUUCGUGAUCAUUGCCUUCAUCUUUGUAGCUGAAGCGCAGGACACAACGCUGGACGAAGCACUGAGUAUCAUUCAGUCGAUGCCGCAAUGUGGUUCGUCUUGCCUGCUCUCAGGAAUCGCCAACUCGACCUGCGAGGUUGGCGAUAUACCAUGCAGCUGCCACAACAAAGAGCUCACUGCAAAAGUGCAAGCUUGCGUCCUGGAGGCGUGUGAGAUCAAGGAGCAGCUAACCACCAAGAACAGAACAGGGACUCUAUGCCAGCGGCCAGCUCGUGACAAGCGAGGUCCUGACCAGCGCAGUGUCAUUGUCGGCCUCACGUUCUCCUGCCUGGCGUUUGUACUGCGAAUAAUGUCCAAGAUCAACUCUCCAUGCACAAACAACCAGGGCUCGUCCCAUACGUUGUGGUGGGAUGAUGCUGUGAUGGCAUUUGCUGUCGGCUGCGCCAUAGCAACGAGCUACUCUGCUAUACCAUUGAAUGAGCACGGCCUUGGUACUGACGUCUGGAGCGUGCCGUUCGACGACAUCACUACAUUGCUCAAGAUAUACUACUGGGCGGAGGACGUCUACUUGGCAGCGCUCCCUGCUGUCAAGAUCUCCCUACUGCGGACAUAUCUGCGCUUCUUCCCGGAUCUACGCUUCCGUCAGGCGUGUUACGUUGUUAUGGGUCUCAACGUGGCGCAUGCCAUAGCCUUCGUGCUGAUAUUGGUCUGGCAGUGUGUACCAAUACAUCUUGCUUGGGAGAGGUGGAUGUACAAAGAUUCAUCGCAGAUGCCUGGACGCUGCAGCGACAUCAACGCUCAAGGCUGGGCUUCAGCCGCUGCCAAUAUGGUGCUUGAUGUCUGUACACUCAGCUUACCACUGCCUGCUUUGUGGCAGCUUCAGCUGAACAAGCGCAAGAAGUUCUGGCUGAUGCUGAUGUUCAGCGUUGGCUUCUCCGUUACAGUCGUCAGUAUCGUCCGGCUGCAGGUAUUGGUCCGCUUUGGCAACUCACAGAACCUCACCUGGGACUACACGGCUGUCGGCUACUGGUCCACCGUCUAG